AUAAGGUAGUACCAGUAAGUUUACACAGUGACAAAUACAAACGUUAGACUUUUAUCUCAUAAGCAAAUAGAAUUAUCAUUGAUAAAAGGCAUUUUAUCUAUCGGUAUCUUUUAUAAUUUUGCCCGUUUUUCUUACUGGAUCACAUUUUCUCUUGUAUAACAGCAACAAAAAUGCAACUAAUUUGCGUGUUUUUAUUGUUUAUUGCAAAUUGUUGUUAUGCGGAUUACAUAGCGGCAGUCGUUGAGCAUAAUCCAGUAGCCGGUCCAACCCCAGCUUUGACCAUUGAAGAGAAUCUCAAACAAUAUAUUUAUCAAAUUGAACAAGCUAAGGGAUUUCAAGCUGAUAUUGUCGUUUUUCCCGAAUAUGGUCUAACAGGUUUGGCAGAAAAUCCCGAAGAACUCGCUCUAUCAAUUCCAGAUGUAGGAACUUUUAACUUUUCCAAUGAAGCUCUGCCAUUACUCAGUCUAUCAAACACAGCAAAAGCUCACAGCCUAUACUUGGUCGUUAAUAUUUUGGAACAAGUAAACGGUACCGAGAAUGGUACCAUUAUUUACUACAACACCAACAUUGUAUUUGCCAGCAAUGGUACCUUGGUUGCCAAAUACAGAAAAAUCAAUUUGUACGCCGAACCCAAACUGACUCCUGGCAAGGAAUUAUCAACUUUCACCACCGAUUUUGGUACUUUUGGCUUGAUCACUUGCGCUGAUAUUUUGUAUUACAAUCCUUCUCAAACUGUAUUGAUUGAUACUGGAGUUACUGAUGUAAUAUUUUCUACAGCUUGGAAUUCUUAUCUACCUUUUUAUAUGUCUUUAGAAGUCCAAGUAGGUUACGCUUUAGCCAACAAAGUAAACCUUUUGGCUGCAAAUAUUAAUAACCCAUCAAAUGGUAUGGGUGGUAGUUCAAUUAUAAACAGUGACGGAACAGUUUUGAGAUACAUUUUAGUCGAUAGUCCUUCUACAAGUUCUAUUUACGCCACAGUAUCCAAAACAUCCAAAAAUUUUGAACUUAUGGGCUUUGAUAUUCUCCGUAACGAAACCGUACAAGAACUGGCCAACUACAAAAUCCAAACCGAUUUCGAUUAUAAUUCUUACAGCUUCAAAUCGUUGGAUUUAUCAUCAGAAAAUAUUACAGCGGAUAUUUGCCAUGCCGGAUUUUGUUGCAACUUCAACAUAGUUGCUUUCCAAAACGAAACGAAUUCAUCAGAAGUUUACAAGUUGGUUGCAUUCAAUGGUAAAACCUGGUUCAACAACACCCAAGUAGGCAUAAAGUUCUGCGACAUUGUGGCUUGCCUGAACCAAGACAAAAGUUCCUGUGGAGUUCGGCUUUCAACUCCUUAUAACACAACCUUCAGGCAAAUCACCGUCUGGGGUAAUUGGGAAGUACAGCCCGAAGAAUUUUACAGGCCAAUAACAUUAACUGGUAACUUACAGCCAGUUUACAAUACAACUUAUUUGGAAAAUAGGAGUAAUGUAACUGUUGGAGUUAGUUACAAUAUAACGCGGCCUGCAAGUAAUGUCGUUACUUUUGGGUUGUUUGUUAGGAGCGGAGUUGAGAGUUAUGGGUUUAGUUUGGGUUUGGUUGUGGUUUUGGUUGUUCUGCAAGGUUUGUUUUAAAGUUUCAACAGGUAAAAUGCCUUCAUGACUCAAUUGAAACUAUAGAAGAAGAGUUUGUAAACAUAUAAUUUGUGUUUUUGGAUUUUUUUAAGAGUUUGUUUGAGUUUCAAUUAUGUUUAAUUAACUUGUAAUAAAUUGUAUUUGAGGA